AUGUCUAACGUCCAUACUGGCGAAUUGCUAAAUUUUCAAGAUUAUUCUCCUGAACAUAAUGAAAGAAGCGCGCGUAUCGAUGUGGAAGCAGUUCAUACAAAUCAAUACAACAAUCCCAUAACUAACUCAAGUUAUUCUUAUGAAGAACCAAAGGUAGCGGAGGAACAGCAAGCGACUCCACAAAGUAAUCACAACUUCUGGACAAUAGAAUACUACCAGAAGUAUUUUGAUGUAAGGACAAGUGAAGUGGUGGAGAGGAUCAUAUCAUCAGUGUUGCCCCAAAAGGUGUCGCGCAAUUACUUUGAUGAGAGGAUCAAGGGUAAACCUGAUUUAUAUGGACCAAUAUGGAUAUCAGUAACAUUGAUUUUCACCAUAGCAGUCAGUGGUAACAUAGCAAACUACCUACAGAGCUCAAAUAAGGCUGUAGUGUGGAGGUACAAUUACCACUUAGUUUCAUAUGCAGCAACUGCAAUCAUAUGCUAUGUUUGGCUUGUUCCUUUGGCACUGUGGGGAGCUCUCAAAUGGACAACAGUACCAGAUAGCCAAGAUGAAAUUGAGACUCAGACUUCAACUGCACCAACAAUGAUGUCUCUAUUUUGCUUAUAUGGAUACUCUCUAUCAAUAUACAUUCCAGUUGCAAUACUCUGGACAAUACAAAUCUCAUGGCUACAAUGGCUCCUUGUCCUCAUGGCAGCUUUAGUUUCAGGAGCUGUACUCAUCUUUUGGCUUUUACCCGCAUUAAGAAAGUCCAAAUAUUUUCUCAUUAUCACGGGUUCAAUUUUAGCAUUUCAUUUUCUAUUAGCGGCAGGAUUUAUGUUAUACUUUUUUCACAAUCCAGUUUCAUCUGAUCCUGUCGCCAUUAUUGCUACAACUACUAAACCUAAU